CGCCAGGCCGGGGCGCGGCUGCGCCUGUACGCCGUGGAGAAAAACCCCAACGCCGUCGUCACGCUGGAGAACUGCCAGUGGGAGGAGUGGGGCUCGCAGGUGUCGGUGGUGGCGCGGGACAUGCGGGGCUGGGCGGCGCCGGAGCCGGCGGAUCUGGUGGUGUCGGAGCUGCUGGGAUCCUUCGGGGACAACGAGCUGAGCCCGGAGUGCCUGGACGGGGCCAGGGGGUGCCUGAAAGAGGACGGAGUUUCCAUCCCCCAAUCCUACACCUCCUUCCUGGCUCCCGUCUCCUCCUCCAAGCUCUACAACGAAGUGCGAGGCUGCCGCGAGCACGACCGGCACCCCGAGGCUCAGUUUGAGACCCCCUACGUGGUGAGGCUCCACAAUUUCCAUCAGGUGGCUCCGCCCCUUCCCUGCUUCAGCUUCCGGCAUCCCAAUCCCGAAGUUUCUCCGGAUAACAGCCGCUACACGGAGCUGAGCUGGCGGGUGGAGGUGGGGACGGUGCUGCACGGAUUCGCCGGAUACUUCGAGACGCGGCUCUACGGCGACGUCACGCUGAGCAUCCGACCCGAGACGCAUUCGCCGGGAUUGUUCUCCUGGUUUCCCAUUUUUUUCCCGAUCAAGCAGCCGGUGCCGGUGAGGGCGGGGCAGGAAGUGUCGGUGGCGUUCUGGCGCGUGGCCACGCCCAGCAAGGUCUGGUACGAGUGGGCGGUGACGUCACCGGCUUGCUCCGCCCUCCACAACCCCAGCGGCCGCUCCUACACCAUCGGGCUGUGAGCGGGGAGGUCACGUGACCCCUCCCCUGUGACGUCACGCGCGACGGAAUAAAGCACGGCCCCGCCCCCCUCC